ACUCAAACAUUUCGAUAAUCUGUCGUAUAGUGCUCAAGACCUUGCUGAAUGCUUUUGAGAUUAGCUAUAAACUGAUAAUGAUUUUCUUAGAAUUAUUUUUUUUCAGUCGUUAUCUUGCCCCUACCAUAACCGUUUUCCGUAUUGUAAAAUGUCGCUCUCCAGGCUGAAUAAUCCCCAUUUAGAUACAAUGACCUCUGAUUUUCUAUACCAUUUGAACAUUAAUGUGGCCUGUAGCCAGAACGCCACCGAUAUUGAGAAACAAUUUGGCGACAUUAGGGUUAUAUGCACAGGUGGCACUCAAAAACGCAUGAAAGAAUUGGCGAUAUAUUUGCGGCCUAUACUUGGAAUAGUUGACAACAGAGAGCCGGUCGAUCUAUGCGAGAGCGGUCAGCGCUAUGCUGUCUAUAAGGUGGGACCGGUAUUAUGUGCCAGCCAUGGCGUUGGUUCCUCAACAUUCUCGGUGGUGCUGCACGAGCUGCUCAAGCUGGUCAGGUAUGCCAAGUGCAAAGACGUCGUAUUUUUGCGCAUUGGGACAUGCGGCGGCGUGGGCGUGGAGCCGGGCACAGUCAUUGUCACCGAGAAGGCCUAUAACGGUUGCUUAGAGAACGUGCACGAAAUCCCCAUUUUGGGAAGGCGUGUGGUGCGACCCGCUUUCUUUGCACAGGAUAUUGUCGAAGGCAUUUUAGGUGUUGGCAAUCAACCCAAUGAUGGCUUCAAAACCAUAAAAGCGAAUACGAUGUCAACAGACUGCUUCUAUGAGGGUCAAGGACGCACCGAUGGCGCUGUGUGUGAAUAUUCCGAAGACGAUAAAAUGAAGUUCCUGCAGAAAGCGCACGAUCUGGGCAUUCGUAAUAUCGAAAUGGAGGCCACCAUGUUUUCCUCGCUGACUAGAAAGGCGGAUGUAAAGGCGGGCUGCAUUUGCGUCGCAUUAAUCAAUCGACUGAACGGCGAUCAGGUGACCAUUACGAUGGAGCAAAAACAUGAAUUUGAGCAACGUCCCUUUAUAAUUGUUGGGCGUUACAUUAGACAUCUGCUAAAAUAAGACUCAAUAUAAUAUU